AUGCAGCAGUGUGGGUCAGCAUCAGGAGGGGAGCAGAGAUCCAAGGCGUUCGAAUGCGUCUGUGGCUGGCAUGUGAUGCAGCCUGGGUUUUUCGGAGGUUUCCGCAGCGCGGCGGGCGAAUUUCCGUGGGCUGACUGCGGCGCAUUUCAGGCCGCGCCGGCGGCGAAGUGCAGCCGCAGCCGAAUGAAUCCCACCCGGGAUGGGGGCGGCGGCGGCUUCGACCCCCCGCCCGCCUACCACGAGGUGGUGGACGCCGAGAAGAAUGAUGAAAACGGAAACUGCUCGGGGGAAGGAAUUGAAUUCCCUACGACCAAUUUGUAUGAACUGGAAAGCCGUGUUCUGACUGAUCACUGGUCCAUCCCUUACAAGCGAGAAGAAUCACUAGGCAAAUGCCUGUUGGCGUCUACCUAUCUGGCCAGACUUGGUCUUUCCGAGUCUGAUGAGAAUUGUAAAAGAUUUAUGGAUAGGUGUAUGCCUGAAGCCUUUAAAAAGCUCCUGACUUCGAGUGCUGUUCACAAGUGGGGUACUGAAAUUCAUGAAGGAAUCUACAACAUGUUGAUGCUGUUAAUAGAACUGGUUGCAGAGAGAAUUAAACAAGAUCCGAUUCCCACUGGUCUCCUGGGUGUGCUUACGAUGGCUUUCAAUCCUGAUAAUGAAUACCACUUUAAAAACAGAAUGAAAGUGUCUCAGAGGAAUUGGACAGAAGUGUUUGGGGAGGGAAAUAUGUUUGCUGUUUCACCUGUGUCUACUUUCCAAAAGGAGCCUCAUGGAUGGGUUGUGGAUUUGGUAAAUAAGUUUGGAGAAUUAGGUGGAUUUGCAGCAAUCCAAGCCAAGCUUCAUUCAGAAGAUAUAGAACUUGGGGCAGUCUCAGCAUUGGUGCAGCCCUUAGGGGUGUGUGCAGAGUACCUCAAUUCCUCGGUGGUUCAGCCGAUGCUAGACCCGGUCAUCCUUACUACGAUCCAGGAUGUGCGGAGUGUGGAGGAGAAGGACCUCAAAGACAAGAGAUUGGUUAGCAUCCCUGAGCUCUUGUCUGCCAUCAAGUUACUCUGCAUGCGUUUCCAACCGGAUCUGGUGACCGUGGUGGACGACCUUCGGUUAGAUAUCCUCCUGCGCAUGCUGAAAUCACCACAUUUUAGCGCUAAAAUGAAUUCCCUCAAAGAAGUAACCAAACUAAUAGAAGAUAGCACUUUAUCCAAAUCUGUGAAGAAUGCUAUAGAUACAGACAGAUUGUUAGAUUGGCUGGUUGAAAACUCAGUUCUGUCAAUUGCAUUGGAAGGCAACAUAGACCAAGCCCAAUACUGUGAUCGUAUAAAGGGGAUUAUUGAACUCUUGGGCAGUAAAUUGUCUUUAGAUGAGCUCACUAAAAUUUGGAAGAUACAGUCAGGACAAUCAUCUACUGUGAUCGAGAAUAUCCAUACUAUUAUUGCUGCAGCAGCUGUCAAAUUUAAUUCAGAUCAGCUUAAUCAUCUGUUUGUUCUCAUCCAGAAGAGCUGGGAGACUGAAAGCGAUCGGGUAAGACAGAAGCUGUUGAGUCUGAUUGGACGAAUAGGCCGGGAAGCUCGCUUUGAGACUACUUCUGGAAAGGUGUUAGAUGUACUCUGGGAACUGGCGCAUCUUCCAACCCUGCCCAGUAGCCUUAUUCAGCAAGCCUUGGAGGAGCACCUGACAAUCCUUAGUGAUGCGUAUGCUGUGAAAGAAGCAAUCAAGAGGAGCUACAUCAUUAAGUGCAUCGAAGAUAUUAAAAGGCCUGGAGAAUGGUCAGGUUUGGAAAAAAACAAGAAGGAUGGAUUCAAGUCAUCUCAGCUCAAUAAUCCCCAGUUUGUAUGGGUGGUGCCGGCUUUGCGUCAGCUUCAUGAGAUCACCCGCUCGUUUAUAAAACAGACCUAUCAAAAGCAAGACAAGAGCAUUAUUCAAGACUUGAAGAAAAAUUUUGAAAUCGUGAAAUUGGUAACAGGAAGUUUGAUAGCCUGUCAUCGACUUGCAGCCGCUGUGGCUGGACCCGGAGGCUUAACUGGUUCGACACUGGUAGAUGGCCGAUACACUUACCGGGAGUAUUUAGAGGCCCAUCUAAAAUUUCUAGCAUUUUUCUUACAAGAAGCUACUCUGUAUCUGGGUUGGAAUCGUGCCAAGGAAAUCUGGGAGUGUCUUGUGACUGGCCAGGAUGUUUGUGAAUUAGAUAGAGAGAUGUGUUUUGAAUGGUUUACAAAAGGGCAGCAUGAUCUCGAGAGUGAUGUUCAACAGCAGCUUUUCAAGGAGAAAAUUCUUAAAUUGGAGUCAUAUGAAAUCACAAUGAAUGGUUUUAACUUAUUUAAGACUUUUUUUGAAAAUGUGAAUCUUUGUGAUCAUCGAUUGAAACGACAAGGAGCUCAGUUGUAUGUAGAAAAGCUGGAAUUGAUAGGAAUGGAUUUCAUUUGGAAAAUAGCCAUGGAAUCACCUGAUGAAGAAAUUGCUAAUGAAGCUAUUCAGUUAAUCAUAAAUUAUAGUUACAUUAACCUAAAUCCUAGAUUAAAGAAGGAUUCUGUAUCAUUACAUAAGAAAUUUAUUGCUGACUGUUACACGAGAUUAGAAGUGAGUGGUAAAUUUCCUUUGAACCUAUUUUUGAAUUUCAUUUACUGGAAUCAAGCAAUUCAUUUCAAAUAUGUUCCAAAAAAAUUUUUUUUAAUACGUAGAUCCACUAAACUUGUAAUAAUCGAGAGGUUGCUGCUUCUGGCUGAACGCUAUGUGAUCACUAUAGAGGAUUUUUACUCUGUUCCACGAACUAUUCUACCUCAUGGUGCCUCAUUUCAUGGACAUCUUUUAACUCUUAAUGUUACGUAUGAGUCUACCAAAGAUACCUUCACUGUAGAGGCCCACAGUAAUGAGACCAUAGGGAGCGUGCGGUGGAAGAUAGCCAAGCAGUUGUGCUCGCCUGUGGACAACAUACAGAUUUUUACCAACGAUAGUCUGCUGACGGUGAAUAAAGAUCAAAAGCUCCUCCACCAGCUGGGCUUUUCUGAUGAACAGAUCCUCACAGUGAAGACUUCGGGCAGUGGGACCCCAUCCGGGAGCUCCGCCGACUCCUCAACCAGCUCCAGCAGCAGCGGCAGUGGGGUCUUCAGCUCCUCGUACGCCAUGGAGCAGGAGAAAUCCCUCCCUGGUGUUGUGAUGGCACUUGUAUGUAAUGUGUUUGACAUGCUUUACCAGCUUGCCAAUCUGGAGGAGCCAAGGAUAACUCUACGAGUACGAAAGCUGCUGCUCUUGAUACCCACUGACCCAGCCAUUCAGGAAGCCCUGGACCAGCUUGAUUCCUUGGGAAGAAAGAAGACGUUACUGUCUGAAACGAGUUCUCAGUCCUCAAAGUCUCCAUCCCUGUCCUCCAAGCAGCAGCAUCAGCCAAGCGCCAGCUCAAUUUUGGAAAGUCUGUUUCGAUCCUUUGCUCCAGGAAUGUCCACCUUCAGAGUGCUCUAUAACUUAGAAGUUCUAAGCUCCAAACUCAUGCCAACAGCUGAUGAUGACAUGGCAAGAAACUGUGCAAAAUCCUUCUGCGAGAACUUCCUCAAAGCAGGAGGGCUGAGUUUGGUUGUAAAUGUCAUGCAGAGGGAUUCCAUCCCAUCAGAAGUAGACUAUGAAACAAGGCAGGGAGUUUAUUCCAUCUGUCUACAACUUGCCAGAUUUUUACUUGUGGGACAAACAAUGCCCACGUUAUUAGAUGAAGACCUCACCAAAGACGGCAUAGAAGCACUUUCUUCUCGCCCAUUCCGAAACGUCAGCCGGCAGACAAGCAGGCAGAUGUCCUUAUGUGGUACUCCAGAAAAGUCAUCGUACCGACAGCUGUCCGUGUCUGACAGGUCUUCCAUUAGGGUUGAGGAAAUCAUCCCUGCUGCACGAGUUGCAAUACAAACAAUGGAAGUGAGUGACUUCACGUCUACAGUGGCCUGUUUCAUGAGGUUGUCAUGGGCUGCCGCUGCAGGACGACUUGACCUCGUUGGGAGCAGCCAGCCAAUUAAAGAAAGUAAUUCUCUGUUUCCUGCUGGAAUCCGGAGCCGACUCAGCAGUUCAGGAAGCAAUUGCAGCUCUGGGAGUGAAGGGGACCCGGCAGCCCUGCAUGCGGGCAUCUGCGUGCGACAACAGUCUGUGUCCACCAAAGACUCGCUGAUUGCCGGGGAGGCCCUGUCUCUGCUUGUUACGUGCCUGCAGCUGCGGAGCCAACAACUGGCAUCUUUCUAUAACUUGCCCUGUGUUGCUGAUUUUAUCAUUGAUAUUCUGCUUGGAUCGCCAAGUGCUGAGAUUCGCCGUGCUGCCUGUGAUCAGCUGUACACUCUUAGUCAGACAGAUACUUCAGCUCACCCAGAUGUACAGAAGCCAAACCAGUUUCUCCUAGGUGUGAUUCUCACGGCUCAGCUACCUCUCUGGUCCCCAACUAGUAUUAUGAGAGGAGUCAAUCAGAGACUAUUAUCUCAGUGUAUGGAGUAUUUUGAUCUAAGGUGCCAAUUAUUAGAUGAUCUGACAACUUCAGAAAUGGAGCAGUUAAGAAUCAGCCCAGCAACUAUGCUUGAAGAUGAGAUUACUUGGCUGGAUAACUUUGAACCUAAUCGCACCGCUGAAUGUGAGACCAGUGAAGCAGACAACAUCUUAUUGGCAGGACACUUACGGCUCAUUAAGACCCUUCUUUCACUCUGCGGGGCAGAAAAGGAAAUGCUUGGUUCAUCACUCAUUAAACCAUUGUUAGAUGACUUCCUUUUCCGAGCUUCUAGAAUUAUUUUAAAUAGUCAUUCUCCAGCUGGCAGUGCCGCCAUCAGUCAACAGGACUUUCAUCCAAAGUGUAGUACAGUGAAUAGCCGAUUGGCAGCCUAUGAAGUCCUGGUGAUGUUGGCUGAUAGCUCACCUUCAAAUCUGCAAAUUAUCACGAAAGAACUGCUUUCUAUGCAUCAUCAACCCGACCCUGCUCUCACCAAGGAGUUUGAUUACCUUCCACCUGUGGAUAGCAGGUCCAGUUCAGGGUUUGUGGGGCUGAGGAAUGGCGGCGCUACAUGUUACAUGAAUGCAGUCUUCCAGCAGCUGUAUAUGCAACCUGGGCUCCCUGAGUCGUUACUUUCAGUGGAUGAUGACACGGACAAUCCAGAUGACAGCGUGUUCUACCAGGUGCAGUCUCUCUUUGGGCAUCUGAUGGAAAGCAAGCUGCAGUAUUAUGUACCUGAGAAUUUCUGGAAGAUUUUCAAGAUGUGGAACAAAGAACUUUAUGUGAGAGAACAGCAGGAUGCAUAUGAAUUCUUCACUAGUCUUAUUGAUCAGAUGGACGAAUAUCUCAAGAAAAUGGGGAGAGACCAGAUUUUUAAGAAUACUUUCCAGGGCAUCUACUCUGAUCAGAAGAUCUGUAAAGACUGUCCUCACAGAUAUGAGCGUGAGGAAGCUUUCAUGGCUCUCAAUCUUGGAGUUACUUCUUGUCAGAGCUUGGAAAUUUCUUUGGACCAGUUUGUUAGAGGAGAAGUUUUAGAGGGAAGUAAUGCAUAUUACUGUGAAAAGUGUAAAGAAAAGAGAAUAACCGUGAAAAGGACCUGCAUUAAGUCUUUACCUAGCGUCUUGGUAAUUCACCUAAUGAGAUUUGGAUUUGACUGGGAGAGUGGACGCUCCAUUAAAUACGAUGAACAGAUAAGGUUUCCCUGGAUGCUAAACAUGGAGCCUUACACAGUUUCAGGAAUGGCUCGCCAAGAUUCGUCUUCGGAAGUUGGUGAAAAUGGGCGAAGUAUGGACCAGGGAGGUGGAGGAUCCCCACGGAAAAAAGUUGCCCUCACUGAAAACUAUGAACUUGUCGGUGUCAUUGUCCACAGUGGACAGGCACACGCGGGUCACUACUAUUCCUUCAUUAAGGACAGGCGGGGCUGUGGAAAAGGAAAGUGGUACAAGUUUAACGACACAGUCAUAGAAGAAUUUGACCUAAAUGAUGAGACCCUGGAGUAUGAAUGCUUUGGAGGAGAAUAUAGACCAAAAGUUUAUGAUCAAACGAACCCCUAUACUGACGUACGCCGAAGAUACUGGAAUGCCUAUAUGCUCUUCUACCAAAGGGUCUCUGAUCAAAACUCCCCAGUAUUACCAAAGAAAAGUCGGGUCAGCGUCGUCCGGCAGGAAGCUGAGGAUCUCUCUCUGUCCGCGCCGUCUUCACCAGAGAUUUCUCCUCAGUCCUCUCCCCGGCCCCACAGGCCUAACAAUGACCGGCUCUCUAUUCUAACCAAGCUGGUUAAAAAAGGCGAGAAGAAAGGACUAUUUGUGGAGAAAAUGCCUGUUCGAAUAUACCAGAUGGUGAGAGAUGAAAACCUCAAGUUUAUGAAGAAUAGAGAUGUGUACAGUAGUGAUUAUUUCAGUUUUGUUUUGUCUUUAGCAUCAUUGAAUGCUACUAAAUUAAAGCAUCCAUAUUAUCCUUGCAUGGCAAAGGUGAGCUUACAGCUUGCUAUUCAGUUCCUUUUUCAAACUUAUCUACGGACAAAGAAAAAACUCAGGGCCGAUACUGAAGAAUGGAUCGCCACAAUUGAAGCAUUACUCUCCAAAAGCUUUGAUGCUUGUCAGUGGCUAGUUGAGUAUUUUAUCAGUUCUGAAGGGCGAGAAUUAAUAAAGAUUUUCUUGCUGGAGUGCAGUGUGAGAGAAGUACGAGUUGCUGUGGCCACCAUUCUGGAGAAAACCCUAGACAGUGCCUUGUUUUAUCAGGAUAAGUUAAAGAGCCUUCAUCAGUUACUGGAGGUACUGCUUGCUCUGUUGGAUAAAGAUGUCCCAGAAAACUGUAAAAACUGUGCUCAGUACUUUUUCCUAUUCAACACUUUUGUACAAAAGCAAGGUAUCCGGGCCGGGGAUCUUCUUCUGAGGCACUCCGCUCUGAGACACAUGACCAGCUUUCUCCUCGGGGCCAACCGGCAAAACAACCAGAUACGUCGGUGGAGUUCAGCACAAGCACGAGAAUUUGGGAAUCUUCAUAAUACGGUGGCAUUACUGGUUUUGCAUUCAGAUGUCUCGUCCCAAAGGAACGUUGCUCCUGGUAUGUUUAAACAACGGCCACCCAUUAGUGUCGCCCCCUCCAGCCCUCUCCUGCCCCUCCAUGAGGAAGUAGAAGCCUUGUUGUUCCUGUCUGAAGGAAAGCCUUACCUGUUAGAGGUAAUGUUUGCCUUGCGAGAGCUGACGGGCUCGCUCCUGGCGCUCAUCGAGAUGGUGGUGUACUGCUGUUUCUGUAAUGAGCAUCUCUCCUUCACCGUGCUGCAUUUCAUUAAGAACCAACUAGAAACAGCUCCACCCCAUGAGUUAAAGAAUACGUUCCAACUGCUUCAUGAGAUACUGGUCAUUGAAGAUCCCAUACAAGUGGAGCGAGUCAAAUUUGUAUUUGAGACAGAAAAUGGAUUAUUAGCCCUGAUGCACCACAGCAACCAUGUGGACAGCAGUCGCUGCUACCAGUGUGUCAAAUUUCUCGUAACUCUUGCUCAAAAGUGCCCUGCUGCCAAGGACUACUUCAAGGAGAACUCCCACCACUGGAGCUGGGCGGUGCAGUGGCUACAGAAGAAGAUGUCAGAACAUUAUUGGACACCACAGAGUAAUGUCUCUAAUGAAACAUCGACUGGAAAAACCUUUCAGCGAACAAUUUCAGCUCAGGACACGUUAGCCUAUGCCACAGCUUUGCUGAAUGAGAAAGAGCAGUCGGGAAGCAGUAACGGGUCGGAGAGCAGUCCCGCCAAUGAGAACGGAGAGAGGCGUUUACAACAGGGUUCAGAGUCCCCCAUGAUGAUAGGCGAGUUGAGAAGUGACCUUGACGACGUGGAUCCCUAGAGGAACAGGCACACCGAGCGCGCAGUGAGGAGUCAGCUCAGUUCCCCGGGUGCUCAGCGCUGUUUGGAAAUCAGAUUCUCACCCUUGAGCCCUUUAGAAGAGCCCGAAGCUUGGACUAGGGGGGCCUGCCGUGAUCCCAGAGGAGUGUGUGUUUUUAAAGAAGGCACUCUUGGCCCCUGGAGAAGGUUCAGGAGCUGUUUGGCAGUGGGAGAACUCCUGCCCCCGGAUCAGCCAUCCUGGGGCAGUCCGCACGGGGAUUCACGUUUCUGUGGAGAUUCUAGGAAAUAAAGCCGGUGGCAGACUUUUUUUGUUACGAACAUACAAGAGUGAAUGGGGUAAAGCCGUUGCUUUCCCUAUGAUGCUACAAAAGAAAUCCCUUUGGUUUUUAUAUUUAAAAAAAAAAAGCAAGCUGCCUUUAGAUAUGUGGGGGGCAAAUUUUUAAUCUUGCAGUAACAUUGAAUAGAAAUAUCCAAUUUAAAAUGAUGUAAAGAUAGGUGAUAAAAUUCCUUUUCAUUGUAAAAUAGUAGUUAAAGAACUCCGUUUACACAGACCUUUGUAUUUAAUAUGUCUCCCUAUUUGUAUAGAAUUUCAGACGGGUCAGGAUGAGAGCCCUGGGCAUAAAAGUUGGAUCUUGAUGAAAUGUUACCAGGAUCAAAAAUUGGGAAAUUUAUUAUGCUCUUUAAGGCAUUUUUCUGAUAUAAUUGAGGUUGAAAAGAGCAAUAAAAAAAAAAAAAUUGUCCUCCAGAAGUACAAGGUGCAUUCUUUGACAUCAAUCACUAAAGAAGUUACGGAAUUUUUCCCCAAAUUUUGAAAACCGCAAAAUAAAAAGCACUUUAAAUUAUAAUUUUAUUGAGUUUGACUUCAUAGAAUCAUCUUUUUAAUGCUUGGAGACAUAUUGAAUAAACUGUAGUCUUAAAUCAUGUGAUCUGCAAUCAUUUGCUUUUGCUUAAGAUAUAAUUACUAAAACCCUUGGUACUGGUUGUAAAUGAAGUUAAAUAUUUGAGUUGAGAAGCACUGCUCUGUGAGUUGUAGUAAUUUUAAUGCGGAGAAGGAACUUGAGACUGUUUCUCUUCAACAUGACUAAUGAACACUGAAAAGAGACAAAGAUUUAUUUUCCCAGAAAUAACCAGAAAGUAAUUGAACAACUGUCCAUUUUGUUGGUAUUUCCCAAGUAUACCACCAUCCACUCAUUUCAGAUUAGAUAACCAGCUUCCCUUUCUCCAGAGGGGAGAAGGGGAUAUGCCAGUGUAUUUCAUAUAUUUUGUACAUUUUGUAUUUUGAGUUCCUACACACAUUUUCAACCCUAUUUUGUCUUUAGUUACGUGUUCUGCCUUGUUUCCAACUCCCCGUGCACGUAGGGAAGCUUAGGAAGUGCCAGGUUGCCCCUGUUGGUUAGAUUUGCCAAGUCAAAGAGGCGUGGCCAGCCCCAAAGUGCCUUUUUGAUGGCUUCCGCAUUGUGUGGACACACGACAGACACCUCUCACUGCUGUGCACUCCAGCCCCCAGCCCCUUCGCUACUAAACGUUGAAGUGACUGUGCAGCCGGACCACAGUUUGUAUGUGUGUCUACAGCCCCCACAGCCUAGCGAUGGCCAUUGUCAAGGACACUGCAGACGGGCCUGCGUUUAAGAGCAGAACUGCGCCCUCAGAGAAUUGGUCAGAAGGAGUUGGCAAAUUUUACAUGGUUCUGCUCUUCUUGGAAUUUCAAAUGUGAUGUUUUAAAAUUGAUUUUGAGUUCAUAAAUACUCCCAUGUCCUACUGUUUUCCUAACUGCCCCCACCGCAGCCUGCUCUCCACCCCCAUCCUCACAAAACGAUUGUGUAGGACAUGACCUUGAAAUGCCAGUGAUGGUCUGUGUUGGGAUAUCCUCACUGGCAACUGCACUCUCAGGAGCCCAAAUUCAGGAGUGAAAUUGCCACUUCUAGUCCCUUAUUUCCUAUGGAAACAACACCUCCCACCACCCCCAGCACCUGCUGUCCUCACUGUAAGGCUCCAUCAGGAUCACCCGUCACUGUUGUGUAUCAUACGCUCUGGUUAAGUUUGUUUGUGUUGUUGCUGCAAUGACCAUCACUUCCUCUUUGCCAGGAACCACUUGAUUUCCAGCGGCUGCAGUCUACAACAAACCUGCUGAGGACUUUUUUUUUAAUGUACAACAAAGUGACAAUUACGACAGGCUUACCUUGGAAGAGUCAUUUUUACUGCCAAUUUUUUGGACGAAGAUGUUUUUAUAAACCUUUCAAAAUGGUCUGCACAUCGAGUAGGAAUUGCACAACUAACUCAAUGCUGUGUGUUCUCAAGACACUCCCUUUGCGAGGCCCACCGUAGGGUGCCACGCCUGCCCCUCGGAGCCAUCUGGGAAGGAAAACAAACGAGCAGCCCAGCGGGUAUCUUGCCCAUGACUUCUCCUGGAGUACUCACACGGUCACUGGCAACUAGAAGAAAUGGUAGGACCCAGAGCAUCGUGUCCUCGGACUUCCCCUGUCUUGCCCCACCCCCCCUGCUAACAUUGAGAUGUGUGCAGUUACCUUUUGAGCUUGGAACAAGCAGACUGGAAUUUUCCUCUGCUACCUCUUGUGUACAAAAUCUUGUUUAUAAAAUUUCAAAAGGAAGUAGAUAAACUAGGGGAGAAUCUUAAUCCUAAAUUUGGUUCAUGAGUGGCAGAGUUCUUAGCUUCUAAGGGUAUAAAAUAAAUUUUUCAAAAAUGUA